CCACCCAGGACUGUCGCCAGGGCAUGAUGGAAAAUCAGACAUGGGUCACAGAAUUCGUUCUCCUGGGAUUCCUGCUCAGCCCAAACAUGCAGAUGCUCCUCUUCGGGCUCUUCUCCCUGUUCUACGCCUUCACCCUGCUGGGCAACGGGGUCAUCCUGGGGCUCAUCUGGCUGGACUCCCGACUGCACACCCCCAUGUACUUCUUCCUCUCACACCUGGCUAUCGUCGAUAUUUCAUAUGCUUCCAACAAUGUCCCCAAGAUGCUGGAGAACCUUCUGAACAAGAAAAAAACUAUCUCCUUUGUCCCAUGCAUAAUACAGACCUUUUUAUACAUGGCUUUUGCUCACACUGAGUGUCUUCUCUUGGUAAUGAUGUCUUAUGAUCGGUACGUGGCCAUCUGCCACCCCCUCCAUUACUCUGUCAUCAUGAGCUGGAGAGUGUGCACGGCCCUGGCCGCCACUUCCUGGGUAUGUGGCUCCCUCCUGGCUCUGGUCCACGUGGUUCUCAUCCUGAGGCUGCCCUUCUGUGGGCCUCAUGAAAUCAACCACUUCUUCUGUGAGAUCCUGUCUGUCCUCAGGCUGGCCUGCGCCGACACUAGGCUCAACCAGCUGGUCAUCUUUGCUGCUUCUGUAUUUAUCUUAGUGGGGCCCCUCAGCUUGGUGCUGGUGUCCUACACACGCAUCCUCUUUGCCAUCCUGAGGAUCCAGUCUGGGGAGGGCCGCAGAAAGGCCUUCUCCACCUGCUCCUCCCACCUCUGUGUGGUCGGGCUCUUCUUUGGCAGCGCCAUCGUCAUGUACAUGGCCCCCAAAUCCCGCCACCCUGAGGAGCAGCAGAAGAUCCUUUCCCUGUUUUACAGCCUUUUCAACCCCAUGCUGAACCCGUUGAUCUACAGCCUGAGGAAUGCAGAGGUCAAGGGCGCCCUGAGGCGAGUGAAGGGGAAACAGAGAGCAGUGUGAGGGAUGCUGGGGAUAGUCUUGGAGGUGGAAGGU